AUGAAAUACGUGGUCACAUUGUAUCUGCAAUCCGGAAACAAGAAGGAGACAGGAAGUGGGGCUUGGUGUAAAAUCUCAAGGUGCCCUACCUCCAGUGUCCUACCUCCAGUGUCCUACCUCCGGUGUCCUACCUCCUGUGUCCUACCUCCGGUGUCCUACCUCCUGUGUCCUACCUCCAGUGUCCUACCUCCUGUGUCCUACCUCAGUGUCCUACCUCAGUGUCCUACCUCCAGUGUCCUACCUCUAGUGUCCUACCUCAGUGUCCUACCUCCAGUGUCCUACCUCAGUGUCCUACCUCCAGUGUCCUACCUCCAGAGUCCUACCUCUAGUGUCCUACCUCAGUGUCCUACCUCCUGUGUCCUACCUCAGUGUCCUACCUCCAGAGUCCUACCUCCCGUGUCCUACCUCAGUGUCCUACCUCCUGUGUCCUACCUCCAGUGUCCUACCUCCUGUGUCCUACCUCAGUGUCCUACCUCCAGUGUCCUACCUCCAGUGUCCGACCUCUGGUGUCCUAUCUCUGGUGUCCUACCUCCACUGUCCUACCUCAUUAUCCUACCUUCAAUGUCCUACCUCCAGUGUCCUACCUCCAGUGUCCUACCUUUGCUGUCCUACCUCAGUGUCCUACUCCUGCGUCCUACCUCAGUGUCCUACCUCCAGUGUCCUCCUACCUCCAGUGUCCGACCUCUGGUGUCCUAUCUCUGGUUGUCCGACCUCCGGUGGUCCUACCUCCACUGUCCUACCUCAAUGUCCUACCUCCAGUGUCCUACCUCCAGUGUCCUACCUCCUGUGUCCUACCUCCAGUGUCCUACCUCAGUGUCCUACCUCCAGUGUCCUACCUCAGUGUCCUACCUCAGUGUCCUACCUCCUGUGUCCUACCUCCAGUGUCCUACCUCCACUGUCCUACCUCAGUGUCCUACCUCCAGUGUCCUACCUCAGUGUCCUACCUCCAGAGUCCUACCUCCCGUGUCCUACCUCAGUGUCCUACCUCCUGUGUCCUACCUCCAGUGUCCUACCUCCUGUGUCCUACCUCAGUGUCCUACCUCCAGUGUCCUACCUCCAGUGUCCGACCUCUGGUGUCCUAUCUCUGGUGUCCUACCUCCACUGUCCUACCUCAGUAUCCUACCUUCAAUGUCCUACCUCCAGUGUCCUACCUCCAGUGUCCUACCUUUGCUGUCCUACCUCAGUGUCCUACCUCCUGCGUCCUACCUCAGUGUCCUACCUCCAGUGUCCUACCUCCAGUGUCCGACCUCUGGUGUCCUAUCUCUGGUGUCCUACCUCCGGUGUCCUACCUCCACUGUCCUACCUCAAUGUCCUACCUCCAGUGUCCUACCUCAGUGUCCUACCUCAGUGUCCUACCUCCUGUGUCCUACCUCCAGUGUCCUACCUCCACUGUCCUACAUCCAGUGUCCUACCUCCAGUGUCCUACCUCAGUGUCCUACCUCCAGUGUCCUACCUCAGUGUCCUACCUCCAGUGUCCUACCUCAGUGUCCUACCUCCUGCGUCCUACCUCAGUGUCCUACCUCCAGUGUCCUACCUCCAGUGUCCGACCUCUGGUGUCCUAUCUCUGGUGUCCUACCUCCGGUGUCCUACCUCCACUGUCCUACCUCAAUGUCCUACCUCCAGUGUCCUACCUCCAGUGUCCUACCUCCUGUGUCCUACCUCCAGUGUCCUACCUCAGUGUCCUACCUCAGUGUCCUACCUCCAGUGUCCUACCUCAGUGUCCUACCUCAGUGUCCUACCUCCUGUGUCCUACCUCCAGUGUCCUACCUCCACUGUCCUACCUCAGUGUCCUACCUCCAGUGUCCUACCUCAGUGUCCUACCUCCAGUGUCCUACCUCCAGUGUCCUACCUCAAUGUCCUACCUCCAGUGUCCUACCCCCAGUGUCCUACCUCAGUGUCCUACCUCAGUGUCCUACUUCAGUGUCAUACCUCCGGUGUCCUACCUCCAGUGUCCUACCUCUGCUGUCCUACCUCCAGUGUCCUACCUCUGCUGUCCUACCUCCAGUGUCCUACCUCUGCUGUCCUACCUCCAGUGUCCUACCUCUGCUGUCCUACCUCAGUGUCCUACCUCCAGUGUCCUACCUCUGA